CAUAAUGGAAUUGAUCCUAAAAAAUGUCACUUUUGGCUAACAGACAAUACUGCUUAUAUGUUUUCAGAGGCUUAUAAUGCAACUGCUGAAUUUAAUUUAUUAGUAGUAUCUAAAUCAUUUCAGAUUCCUUGUAGAUUAUAUGCAGUUCAAAUCGCUUUAAUGAAUUUUGAAAAUACAAUAUUUAGAAAAUUAGAUGUAAUACUUCCACCAGAAAAUCAUGCUCAUGAAAUGCCAGAUAAAAUAGCAAUUUGGAUUAAAGACCUUCAAAACUGCUUAGAUAAUAUAUAUGAAUUAUUUGGUGAAGAAUUGGCUGAUGCUAAGCAAGAAUUAAAUACAGCAGAUUUUGAAAAUUUUUAUAAAUUAUUAUAUGAUAGUGGAAAAAAUGGAUCUGAAUUUGUUUGUGCAUUCUUAAAG